AUUAGUUGAGUUGGUGUUGGCCUACCAAAUUUCUCUUAUUGGUUGACUCAAAACAGAGACUUAAGUAAUCCUCAAAAAAGAGAAUAAAAUCCCAAAAGAAGAAAGAAAUGGUAACGGACGGACGUUUUUGUUCUUAAGAAGAAAUCUAAACAAGUUAAAUUUGUCUGGGUCGAAAGUCUAAAACUGUAACAGCUUAUAAAACAAAACAAAAACUGUAAACACUUUGUGAUUCAACGAUCUUCGGGUGUGUAUGGGCUUAAAUAUUUUCUAAAUGGGCCUAAGUAUCGAUUACAAGGCCCAAAAUAUCUCAACCUCGCGCGCUCUACUUUUGUUUUUGCCGGUCUCGGCUCUCCGAUCUCGACGAAGUCUCCUCCGUUAAAUGAUUUAUAUCUAGAGUCUCCGAGAUGAAUCCGGCGAAUUUCCAGCCACCAAAUCCUCCGUACCAAUGGGCUCCGAUGUUACCUCCGGACCCGCCCCGUUGUGGUUUGUUUUGGAAUACAAAGAAUACAACCGAUCAGCUUAAACAACUCCGAAAUACGCUUAACCUCGCUAAAUCAAUGGAGAAGGAACUGGAAGCGUUGAGGAUGAUCAAAGACGCCCAAGGUUCGACGGAAAUUGUAGAGCAAGGUUCAGGAGUAGAGUGUUUGAGAUAUCUAGACGCUACGAAGAUGGAUUUGGGACAGCAGGAGAUACUUUCAGUGGAAGCUGCUAACUCCUUGAUGUCUACCUUAAGAGCACAGCUUGAGCCUUUUAAGUUUGUUGUUGAUGAGAAUACUCCAUGGGAAGAAAAAUCUGCAGUAGUAAGAUUGACUUGCAAACUGAAGAAAUCGAAAAGGAACAAACUGUGGAAGAAACAAAAGAGACGGUGUGUUGCUGAAAUGCGUGCUAAGGAGCCUGAAAGAUUUGAACAAGCUGAUCAGGAGGCCGAUGAAUGGAGGGAAAAUGAAAUGGCCAAGGACAUGGCAAAUAGAAAGGUCGACGAGAUGAAGGCAAUUGAGAAGGUCAAGGCAAGACGAGAGCGAAGGAGACUAGAACCCGAGCUUGAACUAGCUCUAAUUGUUGAGGAAAUGCAAGAGUUACGUUCCCUAAGAAUUGAAAAACUAAAGAAGCAAGGGCAUUUCCUUCCCGAAGAAGAUGACAAGUUUUUUGAAAGUGUUCGUGCUGCUGUAGAGCAAGAGGAAAACCAAGUUCAGUCCCUAACCAACACAGAAACCGUAGAGAAUGUCAUGGUCGAUGAGGAGGACACUACCAGUAACAAAAUCAGCAAAAACACAGAUAAAGAAAGCAAUACGGUUGCCACAUCUUGUGAAAAGACAAUGGAUGCUCCUGGAAAUGGUUGCGAGAAUAUAUCGAAUUUACCAGUCGAGUUCUAUCACUACUACUACGGAAGCAAUUUCGACAUGGGUAGACUUAUUGAGAUCAGAAGAGAAUGGGAUGCAUAUCUGAGUCCCGGAGGAAGCCGGAUUCCUGGACAAUGGGUCCAGCCAUCGCCACCAGCUAAUGAAAUUUGGGCGUCUUGUCUUGUUAAUAUUCCAAAGAGAGAUUAGUUAGUCACCGUUCAGAUUCUAGGAUACUGGUUUCAGCAAACACCACCAUGAUCAUGUGAUCUGGUCAUUUGUAUUUGUUUUGAAAGAGAGACAGAUGACUAAGUAAAGAAGUAAAGAGAAACAACUCAAACAAGCAUUAAUCCAAUUAUAUAAAGAAUCUGAGAUUGUGGGGACUAUAUAUCAUGUUUUUCAAGUUGACAUUAAAGUUUCAAGGAUGGAGGAAGAUGUUAGAUUUGGAUGGUUUGGAAAACUAAAGAGAAACAAGAAUAAGAAGAAGCUCGGUGCAAAGCUGUUUCUUGGAGUCCUUUGGUUUGAUUACCGCAGAAAUCACAUGAUGAGUUUUAGUACUUAAUUAUUAUGAUAUAGCAGCAAGUGAAGCUGAGGAAGAGGGAAUUGUGUUGGUCACAGACCUUUUAUACCACUCAUGUCUUGAAACACUCUCUUUCAUGUAAAAGCAUAUGAUGUUUUAGCC